AUGCCUGAGUACGCCAAGAACCAGCCAGCCGGCUUCAAAAAUGCCAUUGAGAGAGUCGCCAUUGUCGGUGCCGGAGGCACUGUUGGAUCCUACCUCGUUGCCGCUCUCCUUAAAACCGGAAAACACACUGUUACGGCCCUCUCCCGCAGAGACAGUAGCAACAAACUCCCCGAAGGCGUCCUCGUCGCCCCAGUUGACUAUUCCGAUGAGGCCACUAUUGUCGCUGCCCUCAAGGGCCAACAAUUCUUCAUCAUCACAGUAUCCCCCACUGCGCCCCGCGACACCCACAGCAAGCUCGUCCAGGCGGCCGCCAAGGCUGGUGUUCCCUACAUCAUGCCUAACGGGUACGCUGGCGACAUUGAACACACUAAACUCGGAGAGGAUAUCAUGCUCGGUCCCGUUGCUCAGGCUGCCAGGGACGAGAUUGAGAGCCUCGGUAUGCAGUGGAUCACCGUGUGCUGUGGGUUCUGGUACGAUUACAGCUUAGCGGGCGGUGAGGCGCGCUUCGGGUUCGACUUUGACAAGCGGUCUCUGACGAUCUAUGAUGACGGCACCACCAAGAACUCGGUAUCGACCUUGUCGCAGGUUGGGCGCGCUGUGGCCAAAGUGCUGAGUUUCAAGGUGCUUCCUGAGGACCAAAACGACAAGAGCCUUACUGUGUCGCGAUGGCUUAAUAACCCUGUGUAUAUUAAGAGCUUCGUGAUCAACCAAACCGAGAUGUUUGAGAGCGUCAAGCGCGUCACAGGCACUAGUGACGCUGACUGGACUAUCACUCAUGAGGAUAGUAAGAAGCGAUACGCAGAUGGACUGGCGAUGGUCAAGACUGGUAACAUGGCUGGCUUUGGUAAGCUGCUUUACGCAAGGGCAUUUUCCCCAGACGAUCCGGGUGAUUGCUCGGCCAAGGCACAGAAUGAGCUGCUUGGUCUGCCGGAGGAGAGCCUGGAUGAGGCUACUCGAGCUGGGGUUGAUAUGGUCAAGGAACUUCAGCUUCGUGUUGAGCGUAUGGCGUCAUAG